UCAUCUGUUCAUAUAUGUAUAUAUUUUAUUUAGUAGACUCUUGCUUUUGUUAUCACAAGUAAAAAGUGUAAUAAAAAUAAAACGACUCGAACUGAAACGUGGUCACAAAGAAGAAAUAGAACGACAAUGAUUGCAUUGCUGUUGCGUAAGCAAUUUCUGGCUGGUUGCAAGAAACCUUUUGCAUUACCAUAUUUGCGACUUACGCUGACGAAUGCCAAAACCGCGUCUGGCAAGGACAUCUGUGGGCACGAUAAAUUGAAGGAUCCGCAACCAGAACUGGAGCUGGUAGCAAUACGCAAAAAGGUCAACGAUGCUGGAGCCGUGAUCCUAGCUUCGGCAUUGUUCGGUUACCCGGCUGAUCAUCGUAAAGGUGCAACAUUGGGCAAUAUACCCGUGAUUAUGCUUCCCGCAAAGAUGACGCAAAUCAUGACAAUGUCCACCAAGGGCGACGACAGUUGUAAGGACGAUGCCAACAAGAAUACUUCUUCUGAUACGGAAAAGAAGAAAAAACGCAAACCAAAUGAACCGCUUCAGAAGCAGCCAGAUGAGUCAUCUGGGCAGAAGAAUGGCUUAAAUUCAAAAUACUGUUCGGAAAAACUGCCUACCGUGGACUCAUUGUCACUUCCAGAACAUGUUGAAAAUACAAGAAAGGAGAUGCAUGCGUUGAUAAAAAAAAAAGGUGAGGCCCUUCGGAUACUCAGCCAAACAGUCACACAAAAGAAGGAAAAAAUAGUAAAAUUAAAGGAGCUAACGAGCUUUCCACUAACUGGCCAGCAAGACCCAACGAAAUUUCCUCUAAAUGAUCGAUUAGCUGAAACCGAAGAUAGCGAAGUAGCCAAAGUGCUGGAAGAAGCCAAGAAAGAAGCUGCUAAAACCAAACAGUUGACCACCUCAAAUCAAUCAAAGAACGCGGAAGAUAAGAAGUGCAGUAAAACCAUGGCCGACAAGAAAAAGCCAGAAGGAGACAAGCUCUCACCAGUCUCCGGAUCUGCACCUGGACCCCCACCAGUAUCUAAAAAAUGCUUCUCAACAUUCGGACAGACUACUUCCAGUUCAGACAUAACUAGCUCAUACGAUAAGAGGCCCGUGCCAGUCUCAGGAGUUAACGAAAUGAAGAAGCCUUUUGGUGACUUGGCUUUCGAUUCUGGAAAAUCAAAACCACCUGGACAACCAGCUGGGUCAAGUGGAAAUAAGCCUCCGCCUGUUGCUAAAACGCCACCAGGUACCGCACAAGCUAAGCCGCCAGGUCCACCGCCUCCACCUAAGGGGGGUCCUAAGGGUCCUCCGCCGGGCACACCGCCACCCCAAACCAAAACCACUUUUGGCCCACUGGCAGAUGCGGACCGAAUUUUCACAAAUCUCUACGGUCGUCACGACUGGCGCCUAAAGGCGGCCAUGAAACGGGGCGACUGGUACAAGACUAAAGAAAUAAUCGAGAAGGGUUCACCCUGGAUCAUCAAUGAGCUUAAAACGUCCGGCUUGCGUGGACGGGGAGGGGCAGGUUUUCCCACCGGUCUCAAGUAUUCCUUCAUGAACAAGCCACCCGACGGACGACCCAAGUUUCUGGUCGUUAAUGGGGAUGAGGGCGAGCCGGGCACUUGCAAGGAUCGAGAAAUACUCCGUCAUGAUCCGCAUAAGCUGGUGGAGGGAUGUCUUGUGGCCGGAUGCGCCAUGGGUGCCAAUACAGGGUAUAUCUAUGUGCGCGGCGAGUUCUUCAAUGAGACUUGCAAUCUACAGUACGCCAUUAUUGAGGCCUACAAGGCUGGUUUUCUGGGCAAGAACGCCUGUGGAUCAGGUUUUGAUUACGACCUGUACGUGCAGCGCGGCGCUGGCGCCUAUGUGUGCGGUGAGGAGACCUCGCUCAUCGAGUCCCUGGAGGGCAAGGCUGGCAAGCCUCGCAGCAAGCCGCCCUUUCCGGCUGACAUUGGUGUCUUUGGUUGCCCAUCGACAGUUACCAACGUGGAGACGGUGGCUGUUACACCCACGAUUUGCAGGCGCGGCGGCAAAUGGUUUGCCAGCUUCGGUCGCACUCGCAACUCAGGCACCAAACUGUUUAACAUCUCGGGACACGUGGAACGACCCUGUACCGUAGAAGAAGAAAUGUCGAUGCCCACACGCGAGCUCAUAGAACGACAUGCGGGCGGUGUAGAGGGCGGCUGGGAUGAUUUGCUCGCCAUUAUACCCGGCGGCUCCUCUACACCCUGUAUUCCCAAGGAGGACGCAUCGAAGGCUAUACACGACUACGACGGUCUGAUGGCCGUUCGCUCCUCCAUGGGCACCGGCGCCAUCAUUGUGAUGAGCAAGAAGACGGACAUUAUUAAGGCCAUUGCACGUCUGUGCGCCUUCUACAAACAUGAAAGCUGCGGCCAGUGCACGCCCUGUCGCGAGGGCUUGCACUGGGUGCACCUCAUCAUGCAGCGCUUUGUUACCGGCCAGGCGCAGCCCAGCGAGAUCGACAUGCUCUGGGAGAUAACCAAACAAAUCGAGGGCCACACCAUAUGUGCCCUGGGCGACGGCGCUGCCUGGCCGCCACAGGGCCUGAUUCGCCAUUUCCGACCACUCAUCGAGGAGCGCAUGCGAGAGCGUGAGGCGUGCGACAAGGCGGCAGCCGCCGCUGCCUCCGGCAAACCCGCCUCAUAAGUGUUAAUGACGUUUAUUCGCAAUAAAAACAGUGGCGCAAAACCUUUUG